GUUUCUCCGGAGACGUGUACGAGCAGAAAGGAGUGGAACUGAGGCAACAUGUGUGCCAUGUGCAGCAAUCAUCAGCAGCUGCUUCAGCUAAAGACUUUAAGACAGUUGAUGUACUGCAGUACUGUCAUCACCAUCCUCUCUCUCAUGCUGCUCUAUACCUACAAGGUCGACAAGAUCAAGUUUUACAAAGCAACCAGUGAGCCUCAGAUUUUUGUGCAACCCACAGUGCCUCAACAGUGUGGUCAAGGACAAAUAGUUCCUCAGGGACAAAAGGUGGCAGUCAACAGGACAAAAACGCUGCUCAUAUCAGCUUAUCAGGAGCACCGUACAGGCAGAAAGGAGGUUCGUGUUAUUGCAGUGGUGCUGAGGAGUGAGACAGUAGCCUAUCGCUGCCUCCUCUGUUGUCAUGACCAACUGUACAUCUCUGAAGGUGUCAGCAACAUCCACGCUGAUCACUUUGGUUUUGCAUAUGGGACAGCAGACAUCAUGUGUCCUCUCCCCUCAGGCUGUGAGACUCCAUCUUAUAUCACUGUGACCUCUGCUGCAGCAGACUCUGAAGACAAAGAGUUUUUGGAAGUGAAUAACCAGAAGGCCAUAAGUGACUCCUUUCCUUACAAUUUCACCGUCUGCCUCUCCACCAUGUUUGAUUUCACCAACGUGCUGCAGCUGGUCCAGGGUUUGGAAAUGCUGCAGUUACUGGGGGUGAACAGAGUUGUCAUCUAUAAGACCAGCAACAGCCCUGAAAUAAAGCACGUACUGGACUACUACACACAAAAAGGUUUAGUAGAGGUGAUUCCUUGGUCUAUGUCCAGAUUUCUGAAUGUAUCUCGAGGCUGGCUGCCUGAACACGGUCCAGGUGACCUCCACUACUUCGGCCAGAUUGCUGCUCUCAGUGACUUUAUUUACAGAUACAUGUACCAAUCCAGAUAUGUGGCCCUGCAGGAUAUAGAUGAGCUCAUACUGCCCCAGUCAGUCAACAGUUGGUCGGAGCUGUUGCCUCUGCUGGAAAAGGAAUAUGGCGCUGACAAGUGUUACAUAUUUCAGAAUAACGUGUUCCCCAACACCAUCACUCUGCCUCCUCCGACCUCCGAAACUCUGCCCCCACAGAGCCGCUGCUGCCCCGGCUGGCAGAAUGUAUCCGGGGUGAACAUUCUGGCUCACCUGUACCAGGAACCCAUCAUUAAAGAGACUCAUAACCUGAACUACAAGAUAAUUGUCAACCCCCGAGCUGUGUUCAUCCCAACCGUCCACGGGCUGCUGCACUCACUGAACGGCUGCUCCUGGGUUGACAGGAAUAUAGCACGGAUGUACCACACCAGAGCUCCAAAACAACCCAAUCUGACACCAGACCAGCUGAUUUAUGAUGGCCGACUGCUGAGCUACAGUGCCCAGCUCACAUUGACUGUCAAUACUGUGCUCAUGGAGAGUGGACUUCUACCAGAGGAUUGUGUGUGUGUGCUAGAACAAGAAGCCAAGUUGUAACAUGCAGACAUCUUUUUUAACGUCUUUUAAAUAAAUAUAUGUUUUAAGGA